AUGGACUGUUGGCAACAUUCCCGACCCAUUGAUGCGGAGGCCAUCAAGAAGACGCCAUCAUUUACCACUUUGCCAAUACGUAUAAACGAGCAAGUUGAUGUCGCGGAUUCAGCCACCAGAAGAGCUCUUCGGGACUGGGACCAUUGUUUACAUGAUGGCCUGGCAGAUAAAGCACUGAUUUCCAUCAGUGAGCUGGGAAAUCUGGGGGCAUUUGCCUAUCCUGAGGUGCCUCCCGAGAGACUAGCAAUCUUGACCUACUUGACCGAUUUAGGAAUGCUCCACGAUGAUGGGUACGAGGCAAUGGAUAUGGAUCAAGCCAGGGCAGAACAUCGUGACUUCGGCGCUCUCUUUGACCCAAAUGGCCAGCCACUGUCGUCACGCCGAAGCACCCGUGCUCCCAAGUUGAAGAAGCUGGUGUCGCAAAUCUUACUUGAGGCGAUUCGCAUUGACCGUGACUUGGGGGGUAAAGAGGGAAAGGCGCCUCAGUUCAACUCCUUGGAAGAAUACCAAGCCUACAGAAGGGAUGAUUUUGGCAUCAGAAAUCCCGUCGCUGAUUACCUCAGGGCAUUCUGGCCUAUGGUGGAAUUUGGCAUGGCCAUGCGUCUGUCAGAUGAAGACAAAAAGCUCAUCGAGCCCGUUAUGGAGCCAAUUGACAAGGCAAUCAUCUGGACCAAUGAUUACUGGAGCUUCGAUCGGGAGUAUCAUGAGUCUGUAACCAGUGGGAGUAGACUCACUAACGUGGUGGAAGUGGUUCGUCGGACCGAGAACAUCUCUAUCGAUGAGGCAAAAGCCAAGGUUCGCCAGCUUCUCGUCAAUUUGGAACAGCAAUAUCUUGAACGAAAAAGCAUGGUUUUUGCCCAAAAUCCCUCACUCCCCUUUCACGUGAGGAAGUGGAUUGAGGUGGCGGGGAUUACCGUGGCUGGGACUCACUACUGGGCCAGUUGCGCUCCUCGUCACCAUGCGUGGCGCAAUCACUCAGUAAAUGUGCAGGAUCCGAACAAAAGCAAUGACCAUCGAGGUUGCAACACUGAACCAGACAUGCCUAACAAGCCCAGCUUCAGCAAUUCUUUAUCUGAAGAUGGAAAGCUAAUCCCCACUCGAUUUAAUCCAAAACCCAAUGCACAGAAGUUCAUGAAUCUGAAUGCCCAACCGGCAUUAGACAAACAUGAUAUCGAGCAGUUUAUGCGAGCUGUAUUGGCGCUUCUCUCGAGAGUAGUCAAGCUUUGCGAGAGCUUAUUCGGUGGCAGAGACCACAAAGAAGCUAAGCUACCCCAAUCUGAUGAGGCAACAAAGGGGGUUUUAUCUAUUGAAGGUUGCAGCCAAGAAACCCAGGAAGCAGAAGGGCUGUGGUACAAACCCACCGACACAGCCCUCCAAGCACCAAUUCAGUAUAUCUGUUCCAUGCCUUCAAAGGGGGUCCGAUCCCAAAUGAUCGAAGCAUUGAACUACUGGCUUGAGGUAGACGAGGCAUCACUGAACAAAAUCCGACAGCUGGUCGAUGUUCUCCAUAAUGCGUCGUUGAUCCUAGACGACAUUGAAGACAACUCACCCAAGCGACGAGGAAAGCCCGCCACACACACUAUCUUCGGCCAUUCGCAAGCGAUUAACAGCGCCAAUUUUAUGUUCGUCCAAGCCGUCCAAGUUGCCCGUCAGUUCCGCAACCCUAACGCCGUUGAGAUCCUGCUCGAGGAAUUGGAGAACCUGUACCUGGGACAAAGUUGGGAUUUGUGCUGGAAAUAUAAGCUCAAAUGCCCGUCCCCCUCAGAGUAUUUGAACAUGGUAGACAACAAGACCGGGGGGUUGUUUCGUCUCCUCUUGAGACUCAUGCAGGCCGAAGGGAGAAGUACAUCCAACAACGAGGUUAAUAUGAACGGACUCACCAUCCUGUUUGGGCGAUUCUUUCAGAUCCGUGAUGAUUACAUGAAUCUUCGCUCCGGUCUAUACGUCGAGCAAAAAGGGUUCUGUGAAGACCUCGACGAGGGAAAAUUUUCGUACCCGAUUGUCCACUGUGCUGCGAACCACGCGCGGUUUAGAGACCUCAUUGACGGUGUCUUCCGACAGCGGCCUACUGCAAUUACGACCAGUGGAAUGCAGCCACUGGCCCUAGAGAUAAAGCAACACAUUGUUGAGUACCUUGACACCUCUGGAACAUUCCAGCAUUGUCGGGAAUACCUGCUGCAAUUGGAGGGAUCGAUCAUUUGUGAGAUUGACCGGAUUGAGAAGAUCACCAACGAGGCAAAUCCAAUGCUGCGACUCUUGUUGGAAAAGUUGAGUGUGAAGGAUGAUUAA